CCAGAGCAAACAGAGGAAAUCCUUGCCUACCGUUUGUUUGGAUUUGUGAAUCUGUGUGUCAGUGGAGUGUCGUCUUGGAACGGAUAUUCGGAAGCAAAGAGUCAACGAAUCAGCAUGAGUUCUACAAGUCUGCGAGUAUCGAGCCAUCUGGGCAGAGGAUUGGUAUUUAUGCGCUGGGGUCUUAUGGUAUUGAUGAUCGGAACAGUGGUACAGGCCGAUCAAAGUCGAUUCUGUGGGAGACAGCUCGUGAUGACUCUUUCGGUUCUGUGCGAGGAGUUCCCAGAUCUUCAUUCGAAUGCUAAAAAAUCUAUGAUCGACUUCGAUAAAGACUACACUACUGAAGAAUGGUUAGCUAUGAUGGGCCAGGAUCCGGAAUCUGUCAUGUCGACGGAUCUUGUGAUUCCGCAUAUGGAUCAACAGCAGCAGCAACAGCAAAAAGUUCCCCUCUGGAUGACGUUGAUGUACCCGCAGGGUUAUGCAUUCCGUUCGAACGCCGGCCGUAACGAUUUGAUUCCGCCACGUUUCCGUAAAAGUCCCCGUGGUAUUGUAGAUGAGUGCUGCUUGCGGCCCUGUGGAAUGAGCACGCUGAUGAAAUACUGCAAAACCAUUGCGUAAAUCGCCGAAUGAAGGAUGGUUCGAGUGCCUAUCUGUCACCUACCUGCAUCCAGGAGGUUCGGCGAUUCAUAUAUAUGUAGUUGUUAUGUAUUCGUAAAGUGAGAGACAGGCAUAGAAGGGUCAAGUUUUCUUUAGGAGGGAACAGAUCUCGUACAGGUAAUGUUUAGCCAUGUGAUAAUUGCUGUGAGGAACCGGUUGAACAUGUUAGACGAUUUGUCAGAUUUUUAUUGAAACGAUGAACGUUCCAAACAGUUUUACACCAGUAGGAAUGAGACUUUUGAAAACGAAAUCCAAUUUAAGAAUACACAAAUGAUUUAUAUUGCUGUUAUUGUGUUUAGCAAAG